GUCCAAGUAUCCAAUUUCCAAAUCAAGCAAUCAAGGACUUGUUCCUGCAGUUCAGAAGCUAGGAAUUCACAUCAAGACCGCAGAGAAAAGAGAGCCUCAUCUCCAAGCGUUCAUGGUUUAAUGAAAGGAAAAAUAAAAUGAAGUACAUUGCGCAAGGUCACCAGGUGUUGCUAGAAACAGGAUUGGAAUCCAAUUCCAUUCAACAUUAUGCUCAUCGCCUCCAUAAUGGGUCGCACAGAGAAUGGCGAAGGGAAGCACCAUGGAGGUCACAGCAGAUGUCAUCGUUGCCAAGAAGAGCAAAAAUACAGGUCCAGACUGCAGUAUCCAAAGAUGAAUUUGCUUGCUUCUCGGAGUUAUCAUCUGCCUCUGAAGAAGAUGACACUGAAGAUAGUGCCUGGGAGCCCCAAAAGAAAGUCUCCAGAAGCCGUAAGCAGCCAGCCCCCAAGGAAUCCAAACCAAAAAGGGUACCUCGAGUGAAGAAGAACACUCCACUGAUCAGUGAUGUCUCAGGGGUUGUGGAUGUUAAAGAGGAGCUGCUGAGCUGUCACAUGGGGAGAGAAAGUGGGGAUGAAAAUAGCUCUGUGGCAAUUGCUGAUGUUGAUUUGGAAAAGGAAAAAAACAAAUUGGACACUGUACAGACUCUGAAAACAGCGAAGACAAAAAGGAAAAAUUCAGCUCAAAGGACCAAAAAACUGAAAAUUGAAGAAGAAAUGAGCAAAGCCAGCAAUUUAGAGGGUGGGACUAAUAAUAUAGAAAUACCAUCAACAAGCACCAUGUGGGAAGGUGCAUGCAAGAAGGAAGAGAGUGAAGAUGACUUUACAUUUGGUCAGUCUCCUUUAAAGAAAAUCAAGACUGAAAUGUGCCCUCAGGGGCAGCCUGUCAAGUUUCCAGCAAGUGCCAACAAUAUUAACAACGAGGAAGUAGAAAUGAACUGGGACAUAGUUCAGGUUUUAUCUGAGAGAACCAACAUUGAACUUUGGGUUUGUGCCAACAUCAUUCGUCUCUUUAAUGAUGAUAACACAAUUCCCUUCAUUAUACGUUAUCGAAAAGAACUCAUUAAUAACCUUGAUGCUGAUUCUUUGAGAGAAGUUCGACAAACCCUAGAGGAGCUACGGGCUGUUGCUAAGAAGGUUCAUAGUACAAUCCAGAAAAUUAAGAAGGAAGGGAAGAUGUCUGAAUGCUUACUAAAAGCCUUGCUGAACUGUAAAACUUUUGAAGAACUAGAACACGUGUCUGCUCCCUAUAAAACUGGGAGCAAAGGCACCAAAGCCCAAAGAGCAAAGCAGCUGGGAUUAGAAAGAGCAGCCUGGACCCUGCUGGAGAAGCCAGGGGAGCUUAAUCUGCUGUCUUACAUUAGACCUGAUGUUAAAGGGCUGUCAGCACUCCAGGAUAUUGAAACAGGAGUGCAGCAUAUUUUAGCAGACAUGAUUGCUAAAGACAAAGACACGCUUGAUUUCAUUCGGAAAUUGUGCCAAAAUAGAUACAUUUGUAUCCAGUCAUCUCUGGCAAAAGUGUCCUCAAAAAAGGUAAAUGAGAAAGACGUUGAUAAGUUUCAGCUCUACCAAAACUUCUCAUGUAACAUAAGAAACAUCCAGCAUCAUCAGAUUUUGGCAAUUAAUCGUGGAGAGAAUUUGAAGAUAUUGACAGUCAAGGUCAACAUUUCCGAUGGAGUGAAGAAUGAAUUCUGUAGGUGGUGCAUCCAAAACAGGUGGAGACCACGUGGCUUUGCAAGGCCAGAAUUAAUGAAGAUUUUACAUAAUUCACUGGAUGAUUCCUUUAAACGUCUUAUUUAUCCUCUCCUUUGUAGAGAGUUCAGAGCCAAACUGACAUCAGAUGCAGAGAAGGAAUCAGUAAUGAUGUUUGGACGGAAUCUUCGUCAGCUUCUUUUAACAAGCCCUGUUCCAGGCCGCACCUUGAUGGGAGUGGAUCCUGGUUACAAACAUGGUUGCAAAUUAGCUAUAAUUUCUCCUACCAGUCAGAUACUUCAUACUGAUGUGGUUUACUUGCAUUGUGGACAAGGCUUCAGAGAGGCUGAGAAAAUAAAGAGGCUUUUGCUGAAUUUCAACUGCAGCACAGUGGUGAUUGGAAAUGGAACCGCCUGCCGGGAAACCGAAGCUUACUUUGCUGACCUGAUAAUGAAAAAUUACUUUGCACCACUGGAUGUUGUUUACUGUAUCACCAGUGAAGCAGGAGCAUCAAUCUACAGUGUUAGCCCUGAAGCUAACAAAGAGAUGCCAGGGCUAGAUCCUAAUUUAAGAAGUGCAGUUUCCAUAGCAAGGCGUGUACAAGAUCCAUUAGCUGAGCUAGUGAAAAUUGAGCCGAAGCACAUUGGAGUUGGAAUGUAUCAGCAUGAUGUAUCUCAGACAUUACUCAAGGCCACACUGGAUAGUGUUGUAGAAGAAUGUGUCAGCUUUGUGGGAGUGGAUAUUAACAUCUGUUCAGAAGUUUUGCUAAGGCACAUUGCAGGACUCAAUGCCAACAGAGCCAAAAAUAUUAUUGAAUGGCGAGAGAAAAAUGGACCCUUUAUCAACCGAGAACAGCUGAAGAAAGUGAAAGGGCUGGGUCCAAAAUCCUUCCAACAGUGUGCUGGUUUCAUCAGAAUUAACCAGGAUUAUAUUCGAACAUUUUGCAGUCAGCAAACUGAAUCUUCAAGCCAAAUUCAAGGGGUUGCUGUAAAAUCUUCAGCAGGAGAGGUCACAAGUGAGAAGCAAGGCAAAAAGAAGAGCAAAACUACAAUGGAUAUUGUACUGAAGCCAAAUCCUCUGGAUCAGACUUGUAUUCAUCCAGAAUCAUAUGAUAUAGCAAUGAGGUUUUUAUCAUUCAUUGGAGGGACACUGUGUGAAAUUGGAAAGCCUGAAAUGCAACAAAAAAUAAAUUCAUCCCUUGAAAAGGAAGGAAUAGAGAAAACUGCUGAAAGAUUGCAGACAACAGCACACACUUUACAGGUCAUCAUAGAUGGUCUCAGCCAGCCUGAAAGCUUUGACUUUCGAACAGAGUUUGAUAAACCUGAUUUCAAGAGAAGUAUAGUGUGCUUGGAAGAUCUGCAGGUUGGAACAGUUCUUACAGGCAAAGUUGAGAAUGCCACUCUGUUUGGGAUUUUUGUGGAUAUAGGAGUGGGAAAAUCAGGGUUGAUCCCCAUACGAAAUGUAACAGAAGCAAAACUUUCUAAAACAAAAAAGAGAAGGAGUCUUGGACUGGGCCCUGGAGAAAGAGUGGAAGUCCGAGUACUGAACAUUGACAUCCCCCGAUCUAGGAUUACUCUGGAUCUCAUUCGGGUGUUGUGAGUGUCCCACUGAAAGCCAGACACUGAUUUUUAUUUCCUCAUUUCUACAGAUUGACAAGGAUAGAUCACAUGUUAGUGAGUUCUAGAUAGCAGAGAAGAAAGAAUCCACUUAAAAUCAGAGUAUUUUCCACUUUCCUUAUGAAUAAAUAGAAAACUAUCAACUAGUUAAAGAAAGCAGCUAGUAGACAUCCUUACAUGGUAUUAUGUAGUCACAGUUUUCUGACGAAAAUUUUAUUUUUUAUUUUUUGUAUUUCAUUUUUUGACUCAACAUUUUUUAUAAUACAUUGUUCACUCCCACUUGCCAGCAUCCUCCUCAUUGGACUUAUAUGGGGUCAUCUUUUUUAUUUGAAUUGUACAAUGCUUGUUGACACAGUAGAGCUGGCAGUAUGUAAUUCUUCCAUUUUAUAGAUUUUUUUUUAAUCAGGCCUUUUGGACAUGAUUCAUGAUUUUGCAAUAAUCUUUAUUUUUUUCUCUUGCCACACAAACCAAAAACAGAUUCUGAUGUGAACAUCAACUGAAUGGCUCAAAAUAUUUCUUAGAGGAUAUAUGUAUUGAUCCCUACAAUAAAGUUUUGUGGCUAGUGUCUUGCUUUUGCUAUGUUGAUUCAGUGAAUAAAUAGAAUUCAGUCUUGGAUAAAGAAGAUAUGGUUUGUGGAAAUGUACCUUUGGGAAGAGGGUGCCUCUGGAAAUUUGAAGAAUGAUUUUAUUUGAGUUAGCUUAUCAUAGAAGGGUAGAUUCUUUCUUAACAUUCAGGUUAAACUUAAAUUGGAAAUAAAAAUGGCCCUCCCUAAAGAUUGUAGAUCAGGUGAGAAGGGGCAAGAAAAACAACUAGACAAAGGAAGUGACUGUUACUUUCUUUUAACUAGUGGACAUGAUAAGUAUUAGCAUGACUAUUCAGGGUCAAAAUGAUAUGAAUAGAACCCAGACUAGACCUGUAGCAGUGUCUGACUGUUGCUGCUAUUGUUGAUUUGCCUAAUGAAGUUAUUUGCAUGAAUCAACACCUGGUUUUCUCUAUGUGUAAUGAGUAGAGGAUGGUUUCUAAAGUGUGACCAAUGCUAUUUAUUUGCCUGAGACAAUCCUAGGCAUAAUUUUUUUUUUGAGAGAGAAUUUUAAUCUUUUAUUUUUUAGUUUUCGGCAGGCACAACAUCUUUGUUUGUAUGUGGUGCUGAGGAUCGAACCCAGGCCGCACGCAUGCCAGGCGAGCGCGCUACCGCUUGAGCCACAUCCCCAGCCCUAGGCAUAAUUUUUAAUAAUGCCUCUUUUUAUCUUCAGAGUGUACCAUUUGGAUCAUAUUAUCAUCUAGUAGUAGUAGUCACUCACAGAGUGGUGAAAAUGACUGUGUAUCUCAUGACAAUGAUGCCUGAUGGCUCACUAUUCUCAAAAUGUAGAGCUUUCCAGCUAGUGCCCAUAGAUCUUUUUAAUAUAGAAUGUUCCUUAAAAGUUGUGUUAACACAAAUCUUAUUUGCCUCAUAGUUUUAUUCUUGGAGUACUUUUGCUCUGUUUAUUAUUGGUCUUCAGCUGACAGUGAAUUUUAAUGUUCCAACCUUAAAUUGAUCCUCCUACUCACUCUUCCCAAUAGUCUUCAUGGUCCAUAAUUUGCAAAUCAUUGAUGAGUGAUGCACCCCUGUGGGAUGUAACUUCAAACAGAUGCCCUUCUCCCUGGACACUUUGUACACAGGAACCAGAGUAAUUGACAAUGCUGGGCAGCUCUGUUGAAUUGGCAGCUAAGCUUUUUUGGAUACAGGGAGGACUCGACAUUGCAUAGAUAGUAUAGUUUGUUCUUUCCAUCCCUAAAUAGUGGUGGGUCUAUAAGGCCAAAGCAACUCUAAAAUGUAGAAUGGAAAUCAGUAUUUUAUACUACUCCUAGUCCUUACUGUACCAAUAAUCCACAUUGUGCCUUUCAGCUUAUAUUUGCUUCUAGGAGUCUCCUAAUCCCAAAUAUAAGAUGGGGUUGGUGAUAAUAAAGCAUUUAUCUCCCUAAAUAUUUAUUGACAGCCUUCUGUGGACCAGACGUGCUAGACACGAGCCAUAUUAUUGUGAUAGAAAAAUAGAUAUUACUGCUCCCCUUAUGGAACUUAGUUUACUAAGGAAGAGAAAGGUAAAUCAAAGAAUUAUACACAAAUAAAAAUUAAAACCAUGGUAAGUGAUAUAACAGUGACUUGAAUAUAUUAGAGAAAUUGAUUUAGUAAUGUCCAAAUGUUUCAAUGGGAUUUGACGGAGAUAUGAAAAAUAAACAGAAGUGAGUAGGAAAAUUAUUUGUUGACUUUAAUCAGAGUUGGUUUCAAUAAGUGAUGAGGCUGAACCUUAAUGGAUUGAGUUUAAUAGAGUAGGAGGAGUUAGUUUAGAGAUAGUUAAUAUAAACAUUUAUUUCAGAGAGUUUGUUAAAAAAAUAACAUAAUGGUUGGAAGGGGGAAAUGGAGUCAAGAGAAGAUGUUUGUUUUUAAGAUGAAAUAAUGUAUGUAAAGGAAAAUAAUUCAGAAAACAAGAAAUUUUGAUUCAGCAGACAGGGAUGAAUUACUGGAAUGAUAUCCUUGCCUGGAUGAGAUCAGAUGGAAUUGAGCAUACAAGGGAUUGGUUUAAUAAAAAAACCUCAAAAAGUUCAUCCAUGUUAACAGGAGAAAAGAUUGAGUGUGUGGGUACAGAGGUGGCAGAUAAUGUGGGAGCUUGUGAAGAGUCUCUGCACUUCUAUUUUUCUCAUUAAAAUAUGAAGGAACAUUAUCAUAUGAGUCUAAAUGGCAGGGGAGGGAAGGUGGAGGAAUGAGAAGAAGGGAAGAGACAAGAAAAGGAUCUGAAUGAGAGGGCAAAAAGCCUAGGGAGAUAGAGUAUGAUUUUCAGGCUGUGAUCAGUGUUCCGCUUGAGAUCAGUGAUCGUGAAUUGAAUGUAGGAUCUAGUCCACUUAAUUAUCAUUUUUUUUACAGCUAUAUCAGCUGUAUGGGUGCAGACUCAGAUUAGGUGAAGAGGUGAUCUGAUCAGAUUUGGGAGUUUGCUAUAUUGCCAAAUGAGAAAAGGGCAAGAAAGUUGAAGACAGGAAGACAAAAAAAAUCAUUGACUGAAAUUUAAGCUCAGAAGAAAAGUGAGAAUGUAAGGGGAAAGUGAAGGGCGGUGGAAAAUUGUCAGAUUGAAGGUUUAUGGGUCCUAUCAGAAUUGGAGGAAUAUUGGAGUGAGAAUGAAAGAGGAAACAAUGGGUGGGUAAGAGUGGUUGUCAACCAUGGGGUACAUAACUCUGAGACUCUAGAGAGGUUGCAGCUUUGGGUACUGACAUUGUAGGAAUAAUGGUGGGUUAAGUGCACAAGCAAAGGAUGAAAUUAUAGAAAAGAGGAGGUCAAGAACAAUUUAGAAAGGGUUGUUUAUGUGGAUGAGGACUUUAGGAGGCUGUUGCAGUAGUACAGGCAUAAAAUAUGGUGUCUUGGAUCAGAAUAUUAGUGGUAGAAAUGAUAAGAAGUGCUGGGAUUCUGAGUAUAUUUAGAAGGAAAAAGUAAAGCCAAACAGAAUUUCCUGGUGUAAGAUGCAAGACAGGCAGAGUAGCCCAAGCAACUACAAGUAUACAUUGUUAUGUAUGAGAUAGGUAACGCUGUGGGAGGAACAGUUUGGUGAAGACAUUUGCUUUGAACAGGUUAAAUUAGAGAUACUCAGUAGACAUUCAAGUGGAUCUGCCAAGUUAGCUGUUUUAGUCUGAAGUUCAGGCGAGAGUGCUGGACUAAAAAUGUAAAUAUGCUUGUCACUAGUGUGCAGCUAGUUACAGUGAGAGAGAAUGAGAUCACCGAUGGAAUGAGUGGAGAUAAAGUAAAAAAAAAGAAGUCCAAAGACUGAGUUGCUGGAAAUCCAAGACUUUCAGCGAUGAAUUCUUUGAAUCUCUUUGUAAAGGCAGGAAUUUCUUCCUCCCCUUCUUCCUAACACAAUUCUGAUGGGAGGGGAGCAAUAAAGGGGCCAAUGGAGAUGAACCUGGUCAUGCGAUACAGUUUUGACCAGUUGAGUAUAGGCUAAAUGCAUGGAGUAGGAUUCUGGGAAAGUUAGAGUGGGGAGAUUGGGCUUAAUAUCAAGCUUUUCUUGUCCUUUGCCCCUGCCCUGUUUCCUACUUGGAAUGCAGAUAGAAUGCUGGAUGUGCUGGGGGUCCCACAAUGCCAAGUAUGCAGUAAGAAUGGACAGACAGACAGACAUUGAGAGCCUGAGUCAUCUUGACAUUGUGGAACCAAAACAGCCUGGACUGCCUCCUUGGAUUUCACAUUAUGUGAGGAAUAAAUGAAACUCCUUAUUCAUUUAAGCCAGGUGCAAGUGGAGAGGGUUCACAGCAAAGUACAUUCCUGAAUAUACAUUUGCAUUUUCCUUACUGUAUCCCACAUGUAUUUAGUGCUUAGUAAAGGUUGGUUGAUUGGAUGACUAAAUGAUCAAAUAUCUAGUAAGAACUCAAUAAAAUGAUUGAAUAUAAAACAAAUGUCCAAACGAUCAUGUUAAAAAAUGAUGGAAGAUUCCUACUUAUUAUGUAUAAUACACUAUGAAGUAUCUAAAAAUAAUCUACAACUAAAAAAAUUUUUUUUAAAAAGGAUAAUUGAGUUGGAAGGUGUGAGGGUGAUCAUCCUAUUCGAUAUUCAAGUAGACUGGAAAACUGCCAUUAUUUGAACAGUGUGUUACUAGCAUAGGAACAAAGAGAAGAAUAGAAUAAAAUAAAGAUUUCAAAAUCAAUGAUGUUAAAAAGUGGCAUUUCAGAUUGAAACAAAGUUAUGUUGCCUUACUACACAUCAAAAUAAACUCCAGAUGGAUUAUACAUGAAGUUGCUUUUUGUUUUGUUUUGUUUUGUUUUAAUUACAAGCAAACAUAGGGGGGUUUUGAGAAGUGGUUGAAUAGCCAUGGUAGUGGAGUGCUGGGAGAAAAAGAAAAUAUUCAUCUCCGAUAGACCUAAAAAUUCCACUCAGCAGUCUUUUCCUGGACACCUAUAUGAGGUCCUAUGCCAGGUGCUAGAGUCAAAAGAUGAAUAAGACACCUUUGGAGGAUUGGCUUCAACCUAGAGGAGCUGGAAUUUAAGUGGCAGCAAGCAGUUUUGAAGUUAAAUAUCAUGUGCACUCUCGAGUUCAAUCUGACUGUUGUCCUCUUCAGAAUAUGGUGGCAUCCCAUCUCAUUUGAGGCUAUGUGGACUUUUUGGAAACUUUGGCUUUGUAUUAAUAGAGUACUCAUGUUGGGGUGUCUGUAUUUCUAACCCUGACCUCGGAGUUAGCACUUGUGUUAAAAUUGGAGAUGGCAAGAAGGGACAGGAUGGAAAAAACAAAGAUAUAUUUAGUCAAUCUUUUUAUUUUGGCCUCCUGCCUAAAAUCAGUCAUAAUUAUGAACUGGAUUUAAAUAACAGAUCAUGGAGAACUCCUGAAUGACUGGGCUCAUUGCCAAAGCAGUCUGUUCCACAGGAAGAAAGAUUAGAUUUCUUCUCACUCACUCAUCUAUAUAGUGAGGAUGAUUUUGUGUGCAUAGGCUGCGUUUCUUAUUUAGGAGAGGGGUUAGUAGACUAGUCCCAUCAGCACUAAACAUUACAUUUUUAUAAAUUAAAAAUACUCCCAGAAAAAAAUUUGCUAUUUUCUUGCCUCGUACCAGGAAUCUAAAUAAGUAUUGUAAUACACACCCCUGAAGUAUUCUGAAGGAGGAACGUUUCAUAGUGAAGAAAGGAAAUAAAUGGUUCUACAGAGAAACCUCUCCAAUGACAGAGAGCUGUUCACAACAGCAUGGCCUAACAGUCCUAAAAUGUUAAUGUGGCCCAAACCUAGCAGAAAAAUCCAAAGCUAAAGGAAUGCAUAUUCUCUGGUGUAAAAAGUGCAAAUAGUGAAAUAGAAAAAUCCCCUGUCAUUUGAGAAGUAGCCACUUUCAUAGCCCUAUUUUAUACAAAUACUCCUUCCUAUAUUAAGAUAUUUAACAUGUUGUGGUCAUAUUAUAUACACUGUUUACAAUAGUAUGCACAACUUUCCAUAUUAGCACAUAUAUAUCUACCAUAACACAUUUCAUUUUAUAUGUAUAAACUGCCCACAGGGCUGCAGUGAACACCACAGAAGUAUAUGCACAUUUAAGUGUCAAUACCUACUAUGAAAAUCCCCUAUAUAUAAGGAUAAAUAUUGUUCCACGAACUUCUGUUUCAGUUGUGCGUGUUCGUGAACGUGUGUGGAUACUAGGUUAAGAUGUAAAAUGCAGUAUGUUUAUUGUGGGUUGAAAUUUUUAAGAGUCAAGCUCUGCAGGCCCCUUUCUCUAUGGGGUGAGGUUCUUCCUGUUCCCCCAACAGUGGAAGUAAUGAUACCUGUCAUUCCAUUUGUCUGAAACAGCUUCCCCUCGUUUUCAUUCCCACCCUUUUAUUGUAUCCCAGAAAUAGAUCUCACUCCCAAUGACAUUUUCUUACAAAAGUCUUAUUGACCUUUCAGACUAAAUCAAGUUCACAGUUAUAUAGGCUCUCCUUGCACCAUGUAACUUUCCUUCACUUCCUGCCCAUCUAUAUUUGUGUAUAUGAUAGCAGGAUUUAAAGACUGUCUUCCUCUGCAUUCCAUGAGGAUGGCAACUACCACUAUUUGCCCCCUUUAUUUAUUCCUUACCUUCUCUGGUUUUUACCCAUCCUUUCCAGACCUUGUGAGUUUUCCAUCUUCCUCUUCCUUUGAUUCUAGUAGAUGUGAUAUUUGCCUUCGUCUUUGUCUGAGCUCACUUUUUCUAGAAAAUAGAGCAUGAAAAAAGCUUAGGAACUUAUGCUUUAUUGAGGAUUACAAUGCCAGGGCAGGAAAAGGAAAGGAAAAAGGGAAAUGAGCCCAGGAAGCAGAGAAAGCAUAUACAAAGGGGGGUGUCACUGAGCUGGACAAAGCCUCAGAAGAAAACCUUGCUGGUUUCCAAGUUCCCAGAUGAUCUUGGAAAAAGCUGUGUGGAAUGAUGGUGGCUUACAACAGUGGAAGGGUAGAAGGCAGGUAAGAGAAAGUCUUGUGGUCAGCAGGUUGAUGGACAUUUUGGAAAGUCACAUCCAUCUCAGGUGCUGUGUUGGGUCACAGGCAGAGCAAGAGAAAAGGCACACAUAUGUCACACAGCCCAAUUAGGCAGGAACAUCAGACCAGUUCCCUCAUACUGCUCAAAUGCACUUAGCUUACACACACAGCCUAUGGAUGGCUUGUGACAGGUGGGCCCAAUUGUAUUGAAUGAAGUUACUUUGGAUCUUCAAGCAGCAGACUUGAUGGAGUCCAUGCUGAAGUCCGGCUCUCAAUACUCCCUCCCCUCUUCCAGCAGAGAUAAAACAGCAAACAGCACAACUGCAGUAGCAGCCAGGCCUCCCAGAGAGCAACUGGCUGCAGAUGGGGCUGGGGGUGAUGCAGGUGAGGCCAAGUGAAUCUGGGGAGCCCCAUGAACCGGACCAGUACAGCUACUGGUGCAUUAGAAUUGAUGUUCUUCUAAUACAUCUAGCUUACCUAAAUGAAGCUGCCCACCACCACCACUCCAGUCCACACCCCACCCCAGUCAUCUUUGGCUCCCAUUCUGUACUUGUGGAACUCAACUCAAACCCAAAGUCUCCAACCAACUCCCUGGCCUCACAAUUAGGAGCACUGGGUAACUGAAAUGCCAAAAAGCCUUUAUUUUUUUCACUGUUUACAAGGUUCCCUUGGAUCGCUCCCCCCACCCCACCUUGCGCCAGCCCUCCAGGGACACAGAACAAAGGCUGCACAUCCGUUAAAGACAGAAAAUUAGAAAUUCAGAGCAGUGAGGAGAUCUUUUUGGCUCAUGGAGAGUUUGGCUCCUGCUUGAUUGAUACUGGAAGCUGUUGGAGUUGAAAGUGGACAAGAAUCAGGGGCCAAGAAAACUAAAGCUGACAAUUGGCCCUUAACCCAUCACAUCUUUCAAAGAGGAAAACAUACUCUCCAUGCCCCACCUCAUCCCCAAGAUAAAAACAUCAAAAACCCUAGGAGAGGAUAUGCAAAACUAGGCUGUGUAUGUCUAAUUUGACAAAGGGUUAUUUAAAAAUAAAUUGCUCAAGGCAAAGCACAGAGCAAGAGUUCCUUUGGGCUUUGGCCAACUCUUCAUUACUACAGUCUGCUGGCCCCAGUGAAUAGGGCCAGGACCAAAGAAAAUAGUCUGCAGUCAAAAGUUUUACCUCCAGAAACUUUACCUUGCCCCGCCUUUUGGGGGGUGUGUGGAAGGAGGGGGAUAAUUUCAUUGAGAUGUAAUUCACUCACAUAGCAGUCACCCGUGUAAAUGGUACAAAUCAGCAUCUUAGUAUAUUCACAAAGUUCUGCAACUAUUACCACAAUAAAUUUCAAAGCAUUUUCAUCCCACCAGCAAGAAAACCUGUACCCGUUAGCAGUUACUCCACUGCACCCUUGCCCUAGGCAACCACAAAUCUGUCUCUAUGCAUUUGCCUAUUCUGAAGGUUUCAUAUAAAUAGAUUCAUACAAUGUAUGGUCUUUUGUGGCUGAUUCUUUCACUUAGCAUGUUUUCAAGGUUCAUCCAUUGUAGUAGCUGGAUUGUAGCCAGCUAUGAUCAUUUAUAUUUAUUUAAUUAUUUUUAUAGCCAAGUCAUAACCUACUAUAUAGAUAUAUAGCUUAGGGGCUGGGCUUGUGGCUCAGUGGUAGAAUGCUCGCCUCGCACAUGUGAGACUUGAGUUUGAUCCUCAGCACCACAUAAAAAUAAAUAAACAAAAUAGAUAUAUAGCUUAUUUAUCCAUUCAUCAGUUGAUGGACAUUAGGUUGUUUCUACUUUGAGCUAUUAUGAAUCAUUCUGCAUUACAUCCACAUGUAAGUUUUUGUAUAGACAUUUUCAUUUCUCUUGGGUAUAUACUGAGGAGUGGAAUUAAUGGUGACUAUGUUUAACCUUUUGAGGAACUGCCAGAUUGUUUUUGAAAGUUGUUGCACCAUUUUACAUUUUCACCAACAAUGUAUGAUGGUAACAAUUUUUCUACAUCCUCAUCAUUUGUUGUUAUCUGUAUUUUUUUAUAAUAGCCAUCCUAGUGAGUAUGAAGUGGUUUCAUAUUGUAGUUUUAAUUUGCAUGUCCUUUAUGGAUGAUAUUAUUGAACAUGUUUUGAUAUGCUUAUUGACCAUUUGUAUAUCAGCUUUGAAGAAAUGUCUAUUCACACUCUGACAGUUCUUUAAUUAAGUUGUUUUUCUACAUUUUGGAUUUUUUUGUGGACUCUAAAUACAAAUUUCUCAUCAGACAUAGGUAUUUUUAAACUUUAUCACAUUUUGUACAUUUUAUUGAUGGUGUCAUUUGAAGCACAACAUUGUGAAUUGCUAUGAUAUUUAAUUUCUCUAUUUUUUUCCCUUUUGUUACUUGAAUUUUUGGUGUCACAGGUGAAGCACUAUUGCCUAACAAGCCCAGCACUAUUUGUUGAAAAAACGGUUCCUUCCACAUUUUAUUAUCCUGCCACCUUGUCAAUAAUCAAUUGACCAUAGAUGUAAGAAUUCUAGUCCAUAAAUGUAUAGAUCAAUUCUAACCCAUUGAUCUACAUUUCUGCCCUUAUGCCAGUACCAUACAGUCUUGAGUACCCUAGCUUUGUAGUACAUUUUAAAAUUGGGAAGAGUGAGUUCUCUGAAUUUGUUCCUCAUUCUCAAGAUUAUUUUGGCUAUUCUGGGUCCCCUUUGCAUUUUCUUAUGGAUUUGAGGAUGAAUUUGUCAAUUUCUACAAAGAAAUCUGAGAUUUUGGUCGGGAUUGUGUUGAAAAUGUAGAUCAGUUUGAGGAAUAUUGCCAUCUUAACAAUACUAAGCCUUUUAGCCCAUGAACAUGGGAUAUAUUUCCAUUUAUGUGUUCUUUAAUUUCUUUCAAGAAUUUGUUGUUUACAUAAUACAAGUUUUGCUCUUUUUGUUACAUUUAUUCCUAAGUACUUGAAUCUUUUGAUGUAAUUAUAAGUGGGAUUGGUUUCUUAUAUUCAUUUUCUUUAUGUACAUUGCAAGUGUUAGAAAGAUGAUUGACAUUUUAAUAUUGAUUUUGCAUCAUACAAUCUUGCUGAACUUAUUUAUUCCAAUAUUUCUUGGGGUAUUUAUAUACAUAAGGUCAUGUCUUUUCUGAAUGAAGGUAGUUUAACUUUCCAAUUGGAAUUAUUUUAAAUUUUAUUUAUUUACUAUUUAGUUAUUUUUGUCUAAUUGCUCUGACUAGAACCUUCACCACAAAGUUAAAUAGAAGUAGUGAGAGUGAGCAUUCUUAUCUUACUCCUGAUCUUGAGAAGAAAGCAUUCAUGUUUUUGUUUGUUUGUUUCUUUGUCAUUGGGUAUGAUGUUAGCUAUGGGUUUGUGGGAGUGUGUGCAUGCAUAUACAUUAUCAAAUUGAAGUUUCCUUUCUAAUUUUCUAAUUUGUUUAGUAUUUUAAUCAUCAAGAAGUAUUGAUGUAUUGUCCAAUUAUUUCUCUUCAUCGAUUGAGAUGAUAACAUAGAUUUUGUCCUCUAUUCUAUUCGUGUAGUAUUAAUUAAUUUUUUCAGACUUUUUUUGUUCUAGUCAGUAAUUUUUUAUUAAAUUAAUUAAUUUUCAAGUGUUAAACCAAUCUCAAUCCCAUUUGGUCAUAUAUACGUUAUGGGUUGAAUCAUGCCUUUAAAAAAACUCAUGUUGAAAUUCUAACCCCAAUUACCUCAGAAUAUGACCUCAGUUGCAAAUAGGGUCAUUGCGGGAUGUAAUCCAAUAUAACUGGUAUUCUU